GGUUGGGCAUCCGCGCGGUAUUCCUCCCGGCCGGAGGCGACCCCGCCCGCCGAGGCCCCGCAGAAGCCGCUCCUCAAGAGGAGCGCGUCGAUGAACUCCGUGGUGAGCUCGGCCUCCAAGAUGGGGGAGAGUAGUUGUGAUAGCGGUCCGAGGGUGAACCCCGCCACCAGCAGGCAGUCCCUGCCGAGGGGUUACGGUGGGCCCAUGCUGGCGCCGGGCGCCGGGGGCGGCGAGGAGCUGGUCGUGGUCGACCCGAAGGCCUCCCUGAGGAGACUCUACGCGGCGAUAGAGGGGCGGGGCAUGGUGGCCACCAAGCGCAACCCUAACGGGAAGGGGCGGUCGAGGGUCAUGGUGAGGUCCAAGAUCAAGGAGAACAGCAUCGGCUGGGCGCACGUCUUGCCCCCCUUCACGAGGAAGUUUGUGAGCGUGAAGGACAUCGCGGGGGCGCAGCGGUCAUCCCGCGUGGUGACGGUGAACUUCAGGAAUCGCGAACCGGUGAUGUUCGAGACCGACAAGCUCACGGACGCUCUUAUCCUGGAGCAGGGCUUCGUCUCUUUGGCUACCCUCCAGAAACAGAAUCUGUAAGAACGCGCUCGUCGUUGUGAGCAACCUCUUGGCUGGAAGGGGCUGCUGUCUGAGAGGAACUCUGCCGAUAUCUCUGUUUUACCCAAUAUUGUAUUUUCAUUUAGAAACGGUGGGAGGUGGUGGCAGCGCGGGAAGGGACGAUGGGAGCGUGUUGGUGGGGGACCAGGGUGGAGCAUUCACGGAGCCCUUGUGGCAACGCGGGAAGGGGCGUUAGGAGCGUGUUGGUCGGGGGGGGAAGGGCCAGAGUGGAGCACUCACGGAGCCCCUACCAUAAGGGCUGGUACUUUCUUUCCAGUCUCCUACUUUGGGGGUGCAUGUGACUCGCGCACGAUGUGAUGCGCCUGGCGUUCGAGUAUUGCGUGUGUCUGUUCCUUUGGGGUUGGCUCGUGUCCUUAGAUUCCAAGAGAGGGAGGGUAUCGUGCAAUACACCACGCCUGCAACAUACCUACUAGCGCAUGGCCGCCUUUUUGUUCUAGUGAUGCGGUACAGUCACCGUGCUCUAGCGUGGCUGGUGUUUUUUUUGCUCCUUGCUUUGCAACGGUUCUAUAUAGGCUCUGAACUCGAACGCCAGAAAACCGUUUUUUGGUUUAGGAAAAUCUGGUAGUUUCUGUGGGGGAUGCGUGCCACGGCUGCUUUGCAGCGUGUGUGCCUACCUAGAUCAUGUGGGCGUCUUGGUCGAGUGGUUUGGUAGAGAGAGAGGCAUGAGGUUGGAGUGAUUCCCUGCUCAGCUGACUGUGGGAUGCGGAAGAAAACGCGAGCUUUGUUGCUCGACGACGUUUCGUGUUUCGAAUGGCACGGGCAGGGAUAGGAGUUUUGUGGGCUGUGAAUGAUGUGGAUACAAGUAGUGUUGUCGUUCUUGCAUGUCCAAUCGUUCCUGUCGCCGUGUUCAGUUCAGCAAUGCUAACCCGGCUCGUCCCUUUGUCGAGACGGGAGCGAUGGAUAUUUUUUGUUUUCUCAGUCUUUUAAGAGUAGCUCGCGCGGUGUGUGUUUGACCCGACGCUCGCCGAUGUUUCUUGCUGUCUUGUCUAGUACUAUAGUGGCUCGCUCCCUCGAGCAUCGCCUUCGAACCUCUCGCGCACCUCACCUGGGCCUGUCGCGUUCCGCCCCCGUGUUCUUCCAUUACUGAUUGAUUGAUGUGUCGAGUUUUUCCGUGCAUCCAUGCCUGACUUCAAGAACCGGAGAGCGAAGGAGGCGUCCAUCUGAAAAUAUCCAUGUUUUUUAUCCGUACUGCCGCGGUCGUGAGCGAUGACAGAGUCUCGGCGAGAAGUUUUGUUGGUGAACCGAUGGUUUACAUGACGCCAAAGGCGUACCUGUGUUCCGCGUAAAUAUUACGCAAAAUAUCAGACAUGCAUCCAGGGAGGAAGAGCGAGAGAACACGUGCAAGGUCGCGAUAGAUACUUUUGUACAGUAGGUUUCCGUUGUCACGCCCUCUCUCUCUGUGCUCUCUUGUGAGUCUUUGUGUUAAUUGUAUGGUGUCGUUUUUUUUUGUUGUCUGUGGACAGGCAGGCACGCGUGUGGAGUUGUGGCAGCAACGUACCUCUUGCUGCGCAGCUCAUACCCGCGAGGCGUGCUUGCGUUCAAGCCACAUCGUGGCCAUGAUUGCUGUGUAUGCCGUGAGGGUCUUUUAUAGUAGGUCCCGGUCUAAGCAUCUGAUCGAGGUGGACGGAGAGCGAAUACGAGAGACGGGAUGGACUUUCUUGCCUAUGGAUAUUCAACUGGAUGAUUCACUGUUCAUAAUCGAGGCACAUGACCUCUGUUUUCGCGGCUGCUCUUUGUGCCGUUGGGCAAAUAGAAAUUUUUGUCGGUGUAUGACUUCCACAACACAGGUCAUGCGUGUGAGGUUGUACACGCUUGGGGCGAAUCGUGCUGGCGUUACAUGUAUGCACACGUGCCGUCUGGGGAUGGCAGGAGGUGGGCGGUUGGAAGAGAGACUUUCCGCAGAACGUGGGAGUGUGUGGCAACCAUUCUUUUUGGUGUUGUUUUCCAUGGACGGUGCAGUAGUGUGUGUGAUUUUUUUUUUUUUUCCUGUUAUCUAGGAGACGCGCUCCACCAGCUUUCUUUUUCACGUACUACAUGGUUCUCUUGGUUCCCUUGGCGUAAUACUACUUCGUCGAUCCCCUCGAGGUUUGCGGUCCGGUCGACAACCGAUCGGUCGUGGAGUUCCUGGGAGGCAUCUAGCGUAAGCCAACUAGAGUUUCUUUCGUUUCCACGUGACCUGCUUGGUGCUUGUUGUGUGUCUCCGCUUUCGAUCGCGCGUGUCUCACGUUCUUGAGGUUUGGUCUACAAGAAAUUAGCUGAUCGGUAAACGCUCAAGUUCGUUCGAUGUGAUGUUUAUUCGUUACACUCGAAGUAAGAGAGCUCCCGGAGUGUUGAGUGCUGCAUGGAGGUGGUACGUCGAGAGUGAUGCAGAGCUUGCUUGUUGUGCUGGUGCUGGAUUCACCCAUCGUUCAAUCCAAUCCAGUUCAUUCAGUUCAGCGAUGUGGGUCGAACCAACCGCUACUUUAACAAUUUGUCGUGUGUUGUUUCGACCAUGUUGUGCUUGAAGUACACCUCAACUUGACGUAGAGGAUACGGAUGGUGUACGCUUGGAGGGAGGGUAUUCUAGAAUCAUGUCAUUUGUCCCGUGCCUUUGUUUGGUCUUUGUCGCGUCGUUGUUUGGUCUUGAGUUAUGUCGGGGAAACCACAGCGGCAGUUACAGUAGUAGUAUAGUUGUAUGAUGGGAGUUUCUUGUUUCCCAAAUUGGGAACAGGUGGGAUGAAAGGAGAAACAUUUGCUUAUGAAUAAAUAUAGACGGAUGGUUGAAGCGACAAGAGCUCGUGUUGUGCUUCGGAGGGAGGGGGUGGCUUUGCGCCGACCGGUGACCAGACAACCUCAAGUUAUUCUUGAAUAUAUCGUUGGUAGAUAUAUGCAUCAGUGUAGAACUGGCGAGAAGACGUCAUGGGAUGAUGGGUCAGCUGCCUUGAUCGGUGAAUGCAUGCGUUCUUGAACUCGUAUACUAAGUGCGUACAUAUGUAUCAUCUUUGCACCGAGCCUCUGGUUUCUGUGUAUCUACAUAUUGAAUUG